AUGACUGCAUCUGUGAACAUUCACAAACUCCUGAAAGAUCACCUGGAUGAGCUGGACAAAGAGGAGCUGAGGGAAUUCCAGUGGUACCUGGCCAUGGAUAAGGGAGAGGGAUCCCGACCUAUCCUAAGGUCCAAGCUGGAAAGAGCUACCAGAGAGAAAACUGUGGAUAAACUGGUGCAGUUUUACGGGGGAAAAGGCGCCUUGGCAACCACAGUGGAAAUUCUCUUUAUGAUGAAUCAAAAUAACCUGGCACAAAAGUUAAUUCAAGCCAAAAUAGGCCCAAACGUGGAGCAGAAAUUAUCUGAUGCAGGAAGGACGCAUAGAGAUGGAGAUUUGAAGAAAGUAAUACACACUGAACCUGAGCCUCAAAGUCCAGCUGGUCCAUCAGGAGGACACAGAAAGGUCUCAGAGUCAUUUCGGACUCCUUGUAGGACCAUCAGGGAGAAGAGUGAAGCUUUUAAAAAGGUCAAACAGUUUUGUGAUGAAUCAGUUGAGCACUUUAAGAGACAGAGACGCAACACAGAGCAGAAGAUUAAAGACGACUUUGAGAAGCUUCAGCUCUUCCUCAAGACAGAGGAAGCGGCCAGAAUAGCGGCACUAGAAGAAGAGGAGACUCAGAAGAUUUGUAUGAUGCAGAAGAUCACAGAGCUCAGCAGUGACACAUUCUCGCUCUCUGACACUUUGAAGGACAUGGAGGACUUAGGGGCUGACGACUCAUUCAUACAGAACUUUAGGACUGAAAUGGAGAGAACUCAGAACACACUGCCAGAUCCAAAGCGCCUUCCACAAGCGCUGAUAAAUGUGUCCAAACAUGUGGAAAACCUUCAGUUCAGAGUCUUGGAGAAGAUGUUGAGCACUGUAAAACACACUCCUGUGGUUCUGGACCCAAACACUGCAUCUCCAUGGCUCUCUCUGUCUGAAGAUCUGACCACGGUGUCAGUCACAGACACUUGGCGGCAGCAGCCUGGAUACAACACCAGCUACCCACAGGUUCUGGGCCACGAGGGCUUUGAUUCAGGAAAACACUGCUGGGAAGCGGAGGUGGGAAGUCACACCAGAUGGAUACUGGGAGUCGCCGAAGAGGCCAUAGACAGGAAGGAGGAGAUGUGGUCGACUCCGGGAUUAAGACUCUUUACUAUAAUGAGAAGAAAGAGGAGGUAUACAGAUGUUAAGGGCAACACCUUAAGGCUACCAGGGAGACCCCAAAGGAUCAGGAUAGAGCUAGACUAUGAAAAGGGGGAGGUGUCAUUUUAUGACGCCGAUAGCAACACAUCCAUAAAAACCUAUGAGGAGAAAUUUACUCAGAAGAUGUACCCAUAUUUUGGUUUUGUUGAAAUCGAUGAUGAAGAUGAUGAGGGGGUCAAAAUAAAGAGAAAGAAAGAAAAUAGCAGUGGAAGCUCUAUACAGAUCUGUGAGUCAAAGGUGUCCCUCACUGUGACCUAAUAACAGUAACUGUAAUAAUUAUGAUUAUAAGCACGGUGCACUGCAUUGGUUCAGACUGAAAUAUCUCAACGACUAUCAGAUGAAAUACGGUGACAUUUUGUACAGAUGCAUAUGUUCAUUGGAGGAUGAAUCCUAAUGUCUAAUACCUGCAAACCCUAUAAUAGCAUUCCCACCAGACUCAGCUGUACUUUGUGUUCAUUUAUCAAUUAGCAAAUGUUAGCAUGCUAACACGCUGAGAUGUGGAACAUGAUUAACAUACUGCUUCAUUUCAGCAAUUUUGCUUUUUGCAUUGUGGUCACACUAGCAUAGCAUUUAGCUCAAAGCAUUGUACACAAUACCUACUAACAUUUAUCAUGUUAUC